CUGAGGCUGUGUCACAGGGUGGUGGAGAGCCAUCUUCAGCCUGAGACCCCUCCCUAGGAAUACUGUAUUGUAUUUACAAGCCACUCCCAAUUUGUUGAUUCUGAAUGAGUACCAGACCUCCCUUUAGAUAAGGGAUCCUGAGAACUGAAGGCAAGUGGAGUUCCAGGAGUCCAAGACAGAGCCACCGACCACGAGGAUCCUGGCCCAGGUCUUGUACUUCAUUCCAUUUUCUGUUGAGUAAUAACUAAUGUUGAAAAUGUCCUUUGUGGAGGAGAACUCAGGAGUGAAAAUGGGCUCUGAAGACUUGGAAAGAGAUGAACCCCAGUGCUGCUCAGAAGACCCAGCUGGAAGCCCCCUGGAGCCAGACCCAAGUCUCCCCUCCACGAGUUUUGUUCACUCAAGUCCAAAGUUGAAGAACUUAAACCCAAAGAAAUUCAGCAUUCAUGACCAGGAUCACAAAGUACUGGUCCUGGACUCUGGGAAUCUCAUAGCAGUUCCAGAUAAAAGCUACAUACGCCCAGAAAUCUUCUUUAUAUUACCCACAUCCUUGAGCUCAGCUUCUGCAGAGAAAGGAAGUCCUAUUCUCCUGGGGGUCUCUAAAGGGGAGUUUUGUCUCUACUGUAACAAGGAUAAAGGACAAAGUCGUCCGUCCCUUCAGCUGAAGAAGAAGAAACUGAUGAAGCUGGCUGAUCAAAAGGAAUCAGCACGCCGGCCCUUCAUCUUUUACAGGACUCAGGUGGGCUCCCAGAACUUGCUGGAGUCAGUGGCUCACCCUGGAUGGUUUGUCUGCACCUCCUGCAAUUGUAAUGAACCUGUUGGAGUGACAGAAAAACAUGACCAUAAGAAACACAUUGAAUUUUCAUUUCAUCCAGUUUGCAAACCUGAAAUGAUCCCCAGUGAGGUCAGCGAUUAGGAAACUGCCCCAUCGAAUGCCUUCCUGGCUAAUUGGCCUAAUUAUAUAAAAACCGAAAUCCUGCUCACUAA